GUGGUACGUUAUUUCGUUUCGAGCUGGCAACAUCGCGUCCGCGCAUGUCAAGUCGGGUCGCGUCGAAAACGAAAAACAAGAACAAUGGAAUUGAACACGGGUCGAUUUUAAUUCGUUCUGACUCAGUUAUUACACGCGUUGGUUGCGGCACCCGCGUCCAACAUGACCGGGACGAUCAUCGAGAACCUUAGCGGUCGGAAACUGGGCGUGUUGGUGACUAUUUUACUAUUGUGUCAAGUAACAUGUUUUUUGAUCGGCGGCUUGGUGGCGCCCAUGCCUGCAAACGCGCAAAACAUGCUCGCGACCGUCUGUAAAGACACGCUGACCGUGAAAAACGAUACGACGAAAUGGUUUUACAAUCGCGGAAAGGGCUCCUGCGAGAAAUUAUAUCUCGGGGACACGCAUCACGACCUCUCGGAGACCGACAUUGUUUUCGCGUUCCAAAUGCCGGUGCCUCGCGAGAGCAUGGUGCUUGACUACUCGCGAUGGCAGCAGAACCUCAUCGGCGUGCUACAAGUCGACAUACGAUAUCACUCCCAGAUGGAAAUCCGCCCGCGCAGUACUGUAACAAUCGACGCUCGGCUAGCGUACCGAAACAAAGGAGAUCCCGACGACCAUUGGCAAUUAUACACACAGUCAGUCGAGAAACGGCACCUAGACUGCGAUAUUGAAAUCAAAAGUGAGGAUUACUUGUAUAAUUGUUCUGCAAUACCUUUGUUUGAACUUGGGUCUUUGUUCCACGACUACUAUUUGCUGAAUAUCCGGCUGCCUGUAGACACGCCGGACAUGAAUGCCCACAUUGGACACAUUCAGGAUAUGUGGCUGACGAUAAUAAAUCAAAAUGGAGGAUUCACUAAAGUCUGGUUGUCAUUAAAGACAGUAUUCUUUCCGUGCAUCAUAGGAAUCAUUGUAUGGUUUUGGCGUCGCAUACAUAUGCUGCAACGGAAGCCUGUGUUACUCGAGAAGAUGCUGUUAAGCUUGGGGAUUGCUCUAUGCUUCCUAAAUAUGCCAAUUGAGUACCUGACGUUACAUUUUGACUUGCCAUUUAUGCUACUACUUGGAGACAUAAGACAAGGAGUUUUCUAUGCAACAUUAUUCUCGUUCUGGCUUGUUUUUGCUGGAGAACACAUGUUAAUUCAAGAAGCUUCGGCGCAAAGCUCCCUGAAGCAGUACUGGCGACAUCUCAGUGCUGUAGCGAUGGGCUGUAUCUCAUUAUUCAUUUUUGAUAUGUGCGAGAGAGGUGUUCAGCUGAGAAACCCAUUUUACUCUAUCUGGGUGACUGAUAUAGGCACAAAUCUAGCCCUGACCUUUAUCAUCCUGGCGGGAAUAUCUACAGGAGUCUAUUUCCUGUUCCUCUGUUACAUGAUCUGGCAAGUGUUCACCAACAUAUCCCACAAGCGACAAUCUCUGCCCACCAUGUGUUCGGUCAGACGUUUACAUUAUGAAGGCAUAAUAUAUCGCUUCAAAUUCCUGAUGUUGGCUACCCUGCUCUGCGCUGCUAUGACGGUCAUUGGCUUCAUUUUAGGACAAGUCGCUGAAGGACAGUGGAAAUGGGAUGAGAACAUUGCCCUUGAAUACACUUCAGCAUUCUUUACUGGGGUAUAUGGAAUGUGGAACAUCUACAUCUUUGCCUUAUUGGUGUUGUACGCACCAAGUCACAAACGUUGGCCAGCCGCAGAAAACACUUCGGAUACACAAAACUUGAGCGAGGAGAUUGAAAUCAGCCCCCUACCAGAACAAUCUAGUGAGAUAUCUCUGCUAACUUCCUUUAUCAGGAAGACGACUGUCGACUAAUCGUGCCAAUACUUGCCAAUUUGGAUGCAUUUCAAUUGUUCAAACAGGAUGCUUAGCUUAGAUUGUAGACUUCCUUUCUCAGUAUUGAACAAUGUUUGUAGAACAAUAUUUAACUUGUACUCGAUUUAGAAAUGUUAUCUGCUGUUUAAGCUAAUAGCGAUUGUAGGUGUGAACUAUGGACAUGGGCGUUUUUAUAUUGCUUAGUAAAAGUUUGCAUAGGCGCAUUUGUUAAAAAAACAUGUUUUUUAUCAUAGCAUAUAAGAUGCCUUUUGCCGUGGCAACUAUUUUUAGACUUAUGACUAACAUUAGGAUUUAGAGCAGGUAGUGACCUCGAAAAAAUCCAGUUUCGAUCAACUUUGUAUGUACUGGGGCAGUGUUUAGAAUCUCUAUUUUUUCUGUGAUAAAUCUGCUAUGUCAAAAUUUUACGGUGGAUUUCUUUUGCAUUUCAUUAACAGUAUUGCUAGUUUUAAUUAAACGAUAUUGCCAGCUACUUAAUUUAUGUUUAAUGUAAGUUUUAAUGUAGUUUUUGUAUUCGAUUAUGUAAUCAUUAAUAAAUAUUGUACUGAAAAUAA